AUGAAAGUAAUAAUAGAAAUUAAAAAACAACUUUUCAAGGAUUUUUAUGCAGUUGGGGCUACUGCAUUGGGGAUUUUCCUAGUAUAUAGCACCGGUCUUAUAAUAGAAAAGAAGUUACAUGCAUCAAAGAAAAGUGAAGCAUCAUCUUUUGAUGUUGCCAAAGAAAUAUAUAAAAAUAAGGGUAUCAAGGGAUUUUUCAAAGGAACAACCUUUGCUUUGGGGUACAAAGUUAUAGUAGAAACAGUUAAAGAUGUUCAAAAAAAAAUAUUUUUUGAUAGUAACGGUAAUUUUAAAAGUGGGGAAGCUAUAGCUGAAAAAGACAAUGGUAAUAAACUUAUAAAUAAAAUCAAAAAUAAAAUUAAAAUUAAAAAAAAUAUAACUCCAAGCGCAGUAUCAAUAGAAUCACCCACUAUUUUAAAUAGUGGUUUAAAUAAAAUAACCAAAAAAUUAAAUAGUAUUUAUAUAUAUUUAAAUAAUGAUGUAUAUAAAUUAGAGUUGCUAAAUAUAGUAAAUGUAGUAUUGGAAUGUCCCUUAUAUUUGAUAAGGGAUUGCUUUUUAAUAUCACCCAAUAAAUUCAAAUUCAAAGAGUUUUUUAAAUCAAUAAAAACAUUUAAAGUAAUCAAGUUAUUUGCUUAUUAUGCAGGUGUCAGUAUUUUAAAAAGUUAUUCAGACACCCUCAUUGAUGCCAUAGUUCAAGAAAUUCAAAAUAAUUGCGAAAAGAAGCCAAAUUCAUUAUUCAACUAUUUAAAAUUUGUCAUUAUCAUUAACAACAAUAUAAUUUUGAAAAGCUAUUUCCAAUCUCUAAUCCUCUGCCCAUUGGAUUACAUAAAAAUCCAAUAUUCCUUAAAAGUUGUCGAGUCUAUGGAUUUGGGUAUAACCGUGGGUGCUUAUAAAGAAACCCAAAUUCAGUCACCAUUUGCAAUCAUUAAAAAAAGCGGUUUAUCUGAAUUAUACAAAGCUUUCAAUAUUUCAUUUAUCAAUAAUAUUUUGUCGAAUGUACUUUCGAAAUACUUAGAUAACAUGGAGUUGGUUUUAAAUUUAAUAGCUAUAAAAAAAAAUAUCACCAAAAAAUAA